UGCAGGCUACUGGACACGGAGUCAUUGCCAUAGCUUUUCAACAUUCUCAUUGUGGGCGAUGGAACCGCUUUUUUCAGAGCCUCCGAAAUGGCAGAGGGCAAUGAUAACAUACAACAAGCCUUACUGCUGCAAAACACACUUCAACAAAAAUGCGAAAUCCGAAAAUUAAAUUAGUUUGUAUGAGUAGCUGUCACAAAACAAAUUGAUACAAAUUUUUGACUGAGGACGAGCGAUGUUUCUGUGAUGUCCAACAUUCAUGCACUACAUUUCACAUCCUAGAACAACUAAGCUCUGCCCCUGCAAGUGAAUCGAUGUGUUAUGGAUAACUAGCUGCUACAGAUAUAUGACUGUACCAAAGGUUAUUGAAUAGUUAUUGGACGCUUGCAAUUGCACAUGACAAUAAAUGUGUCAAGCCUCUUCUCACACUUUUCAUUGUCUCUGAUUCUCAACGUUUUGGGUAGCCAAUGAUCAAACUAAAUUGUUGUAGGCUUGAGCCAGACCCUUCCCACACAAAGUAUGAUGGGCGGUAGGGUCUGGCUGUGCGAGACUAGCCAUCAUGAAAGUUAAUAUUAAUAGCAAAUUUAUUGGUUUUAUAAAUUGAGCAAGUAAAAUAGCUAUUAAAACUAGAGUGAGUACUGUAUAACUGGCUGUUUCUGCAAUCUAGAAUUACCGUGAUUUGAAAAUUCAAACAAAAGUUAAUGCAAAGUAUAUUUUUGUGUUCCGAUCAGUAGGUCAGUUACUGGUAUGUACAUACCUUUCAUGGUCACCGCAAAAUGGUAGUUACAUGGGAUAUACUGUAGCUCCAUCUCUGAUGCUAAUUUUUGACGGUGUUGGAGGGGUUCUGAAGUAGCAACAUAUGGCAUUAUGCUCAUAGUAAAGCGACUUUAUGCAGACAGCAGUACACGUGCAACGAGUGUCUAAGAGCUGCGCAUGGGUUAACGCUGUAGAACAAUGACGGCUUGGGACUUUGAGGAUAAGGCUAAAUAUCAAUCUGCAAAUUUUAGCUGUGCACUCUAUGAUAUUUUGCAGAAGUAUUAUGAUUGCGGAAAAACCCGGUUAUACAAUGAUAUACUGCAGGCAUUUAACAGAGGUUGUACUUCAUGAUAUGUUAUUGUGUAUAUCUUUUAGUUGGAAAAAUUGAUGUGUCAUCUGUUGAGCUUGUAUUUUGGGACUUGGGAGGUCAGGAGGAUCUUCAAUGUCUUUGGAACAAGUAUUAUGAUGAUUGUCAUGGUGUCAUCUACAUAAUUGAUUCUACAGAUAGAGAGCGGUUGGAAAAAUCACGAGAUGCAUUUAAGUUGAUGAUUAGUGACGCAUCUCUGGAGAAAGUGCCAUUAUUAAUCAUUUGCAACAAACAAGAUUUACCGGAGAGGAUCUCCAAGAUGGUGAGUCUGAUCUUCAUUGUGCACCCCGAAUCCACACAGAUCGAAAGUGAAGUUGUCCUUGUCUUCCGUACUUCUCCCACAAUGACGCAAUUUCCUACCAAUCAAAACCACCUUCACCCACAUGCAAAUAUCUUUGGAGCGGCGCAUUGGAUUUUCACCAAAUUUAAACUACCUGUUCCUGACUUUGGACGGGUACAUGCGGAGCUUUUCGUUUAUUGCGGGCAAUGUCGAUAAAGCAAAAUAAGAAUUAGGGGAUAUAGCUUGACUUUCUACCAUGGAUACAUAGGGAUUUUUUAUUUCAAUUUGAAGGAGGUAUUUUGGAUCUUUUCAUUGUAUUUCUGUGUCAAGUUUGCAUCGAAAGGAGCACUGAAAUCAAUGACAUAGAUACUUUUUGUGCUUUGUGAAAGAGAACAAUGCAUGGUUGUUAUCUUUAAUCUUAUUGACAAUACAAGAACAUUUCAUAAAAUUUUACACAAAUUGUUUUCUGAAACUGGUGUCAGAGUUAUACCAUGGUUUAUGUUCUGAGUGUAGCUUGAACUGGUAG